AAAACUUUCGUGUAAAAAUCUCUGUAAAAAUAAAAUUAUCCGAUUAAAAAUCAAGCUCUUGUGUAUUUACUCCCGAUUAAAACUUUAAUACGCGAACGUUUUCGUAGACGAAUGUUAGACACCGGAUCCUUGAAAUUCGUAUGCGCAAAGAUCAUACAACCGAAUUAAAAUAAAAAGAGUAUCUAUUUUAAAUUAUUUGAUACACCGUAAAAGUAAAAAUGUAUCUUGAACAAUACUACAUUUUAGGGGAAAAAAGGAGAUCAAUGCAACAUUUUUUCAAUCGUCGCCGUUGCCACAACUACCCCACACUGACACAUUUCUGUGCAGGACUACCACGAAGGCUUCGCUUUUUUCGGCAAUUAAACCACUCUAAAUCGCCUCUGCCGAGCUGUGCAAAACCUUCAGUAGCAUUGCACAGGAAAACCAUGCCUUAAAACCCGAAUUUUUUCCUUUUCGGGCGAAGGAGGAGACCACAUCGCAUCCUGUCAAAGCAUGAACACAGGAAGUGCUUCACCCACAAACAUCGAUUCCUGGUAUUUGGUGAUAGAAGGAUACUAAACGGACGACGUCCAAUUUAAAAAUUUACUGUCUUCUGAUUGGCUAACGGACAAACGGAAACGUAUAAACGGGAGCACACUGUAUAACCAAUGACGCGAAGCAUGAACCCACCUUUAUACGCUUUCUUAAAUCGUUGAAAAGUUUUCCCUUUAUCUUGUUUCCCAUUAUAGAACACAAAUCUUUUAGAAAACAAUUUUAUUUAUAAAGAAGUUUGAUCUUAUUUAACCAUUUUCAAUGUAUAUAACAGACAUGAAUGGUUAAGUAACGAAUAAACGAAUGCGGCUAUUUAAGCAUUAGCAAUUAGGCGGUGUAUUAGGUACGAUGCCUACACUACCAACCACAGCAGAAUUGCAGCUGGGCACAGAGUUUUUGUUGUGGUUUAUGUAUUUUUUUAGGAUAAAUCUGUUUCUUGGGGAACUGAGGAUCUUGUUUUCUUUUUCGAGGAGUAGCACAAAUGUUCUAUUUUAGUGUGUUAUUACAGAUUUAAAAUUUAAUUUUAUAAGGUUUAAAUAUCGAUAAGUUGCAAUAUAUACCUCUUGUUCUUCUUCCUAUACAAAAUUGUAAGAUGAACAUUUGUAGGCUAUGUUUAUUUGAAGGAACAGAGGAAGAAGUGUGUUCAAUUUGGGAAAGCGAAAUUCAAGAUUUAGCUAUGAAAGUUAAUGAAUGUGUCUCGAUAAAUAUAACACGAGAUGAUAAUAUAUCAAGUAAUAUUUGUGCAUCUUGCAUUCAUUAUGUAACACAGUGGGAAAUUUUUAGAAAUAUGUGCCAUAAAUCAAAUGAGGUACUCAUUAAAGCGACGAUUAAAGAUAUUGAGGAAAUAUCAACAAAAGAUGAAGACAUUGAAAUUGAAAGCCCUCUCUCAGAUACUGCAGUUAUUUAUAAGGACAAGUCUGAUUCUGAUUCCGAGGAAGAGUAUUUGGAGAGUGAAUUUAUUGAGUUUUCAAUUAAAGAAGAUCUAAUUACAACUGAAAAUGUGUACCAAUGUCAUAUUUGUUUUAUUGAAUUUGAUAAUUGUUUUCAAUAUUUGGACCAUCAAAUAACUCAUAAUGGAGAACCGGUUUUUCAAUGUGACAAAUGUUCUGAUGUCUAUGCUACAAGGGAGCAGUUGGUUGAGCAUGAUAAAAAUCAUCGUACACCUUGUCCUCAUUGUGGAAAAUUGAUCUUGAAGAGUAGCAUGAAUUUACAUUUAGUGAAACACUCAGAUCGGUUUCGGUGUACACAGUGUGGCGGACGUUUUAAUUCAAAUGCUGCUCUCGCACAACAUACCAUAACUGUUCACACUGAUAUAAAAGAUCACAUCUGUGAAGUCUGUGGAAAGAGGUUUUCUUCUCAAACUGCGAUGAGAGUGCACAUGAAAUCACACAGUGAUGAGCGUCUAUAUCCUUGUAAAUUAUGUGAUUAUGCUGGUCGGACUGCUUCUGCAAUUUAUGUUCAUAUGUCUACACAUGCUAAUGACAUGUGUGUAUGUGAGGUGUGUUCGAAAACAUUUAAAAGUAAUCGCAAUUUGAAUGAUCACUUGCGUAGAGUACAUACAAAGGAAAAGAAGCACACUUGUUCUUAUUGUGAUAAAAAAUUUGUUGAUAGAUAUAUGUUAAGUGUCCAUAUUCGAUGCCACACUGGUGUUAGACCUUAUCAGUGCAAUUUUUGCAAAAAGUCAUUUAUUAGGUCUGAUGGGUUAAAAGAACACAUUGCAAUUCAUGGACAACGGAUUAUGCAUGACUGUAAAUUGUGUGGUAAAAAGUUCACUUCUAAACGAGGCUUGACAAGGCACAGUUGUAUUUCUGUGGCGUAAAAAUAAUGUACGUACUAUGUAUGUAUGUGUCUACUUUUUAAUAAAUAGGACUGUAUAUUAAAGACUGAAUUAUU